AAGUAAAGAAAGCUAAAAGCGUUUCGCCUUUGUUUUGAUGUUCUCAUGUUUGAUCGUAUAUACUCGUGUACUUACCUAAAGUUUUGGUGCAUGUGUAAGCAAAAAACAUUUUUCAGUGAACAGAAACGAAAUGGAAUGUCCGGCAAGUAUAAAAAAACUUGACGAAACUGUCGUCAAUCUCAUCGCUGCAGGUGAAAUUAUUCAGAGACCAGCGAAUGCUUUGAAAGAGCUGAUUGAAAAUAGUCUCGAUGCCAAAGCAACGAAUAUUCAAGUAUUUGUUAGGGAAGGAGGAAUGAAGCUUCUACAGGUUGUAGACAAUGGCACUGGCAUCCGCAAGGAUAAUUUAGACAUUGUAUGCGAACGUUUUACAACCAGUAAGCUACAAACUUUUGAUGAUCUCAAGUCUAUUUCAACUUUUGGUUUCCGUGGCGAAGCCCUGGCGAGUAUCAGUCAUGUAUCGUACUUUACAAUAACAACCAAGACAAAAGCUGAAAAGUGUGCUUACAAAGCAUCAUACUCAAGAGGUAAAUUGAAAGAACCUCCAACUCCUUGUGCUGGUAAUCAAGGAACAAUAAUCACUGUGGAGAAUUUAUUUUAUAAUGUAUCAAUACGCAAGAAAGCUUUGAACAGCUCAUCUGAAGAACUGUCCAAAAUUCUGGAAGUGGUUACUAGAUAUGCUGUUCACAAUCCUAGCGUAGGAUUUACCCUGAAGAAAUAUGGUGAAGCAGUAAAUCUUAUUCGUACUCCAUGUUCAUCAACAAAUAUUAGUAAUAUUCGACUUCUUUUUGGAACUGCAAUUGCUAAAGAGCUUUUGGAAGUAAAAUUAGACGAUGCUAAACAUAAAUUUAAAUUACACGCACUAGUGACCAAUGCAAAUUAUAUUUCUGGUAAAAGAAUGACGCUUUUAUUAUUCAUCAAUCAUCGUUUAGUCCAUUCCUCUGCAAUGAAAAGAACUCUUCAAGAUAUGUAUUCAGUAUACCUGCCAAAAAAAGCUUAUCCUUGGUGUUAUAUUUCUUUAGAGAUAGAGCCUCAAAAUGUUGAUGUUAACGUACAUCCAACAAAAAAUGAAGUGAGAUUUCUCCACGAAGAAGCAAUUAUUAAAAAAAUUAAAAUCCUUCUUAAUGAAAAAUUGCAAUAUGAAUUUCCACAAGAUGGUUUCACAGAGAAAGCUCUUGAUAAAAGUUUUCCUUGUUCUCAAGAACAGGCAGAUAAAAAGAAAACGAAAAAGAUUUUUGCAAAAGAUAUGAUCAGAACUAGUAAUUCAGAUCAAAAACUCGAAAAGUUCAACUUUACUGUCAAUAAAAAUGAUUUGAAAAGUACUGAGCCAGAAAAAAAUGAAAAACUUGAUAUUGACACCAUGGUAUUGUUGAAAGAUAAGGAUCCAUUGGAUGAAGCUUCAAGUUCUUCAAAAAAUCCUGACUAUACUUUUGAUACUUCAAUUAAAAUAAAUCAAAAUGAAGUUUCUAGAAGAACGAUCAAUAAAGAAAAUUUAUCUGAAUUAGAAUCUUUGAAAUCAGUAGACGAAAGAAAAGUGGAGACAACAUUUUCAAGUAUAAUAUUAAAAUUGCAAAAAGAAGUUGAAGAUAAUUCUGAUGAGAGAUUACGUGGAAUCAUUUCAAAUUUAAUUUUUGUUGGUUGCAUUGAUCAGUGCUCAGCUCUAAUACAAAGUGGCGCUAAUUUAUAUAUCUGCUUGACUGAAAAACUUGUUGAAGAAGUUUUUUAUCAAAUCAUGCUGUAUAAUUUUGCUAAUUUUGGAGCGAUUAAUUUUUCAGAACCUAUAUCAAUCUACGAACUUGCUCUACUUGGACUUAGUGAUCCCAGUGCUGGAUGGUCACAAGAAGAAGGCGAUAAAGAAAAAUUGGCAAUGGCUGCCAAAAACCUUUUACUGAAGAAAGCGAAUAUGCUUAAAGAAUAUUUUUCAAUUAAUAUCGAUAAAAACGGCAAUAUCAAAUCUUUACCAGUAAUAUUAGAAAACUACUUUCCCUCACCAGGAUAUUUUCCUAUAUAUAUUUUAAGGCUGUCAACCGAAUUAGAUUGGGUUAAUGAAAAGGCAUGUUUUUCUGGCAUAUGUCGAGAAACUGCGAGAUUUUACUCUGAAUUAGGUUCAGAAAAUGAUUCAUGGAAAUCUUUAACUGAACAUGCAUUGUACAGCACUAUUAAACAAAGUCUUUUACCGCCCUCAAGUUUUUUUGAUGAUUCAACAAUAGUAGAUGUAGUUGAUUUGCCUACUUUGUAUAAAGUCUUUGAGCGUUGUUAAAACGUAUUAAAUAAUCCAUGAGAAACCUACUUAUAUUGCUUUAUAAAGCAUUUAAAUAAAUAAAAAGGAUUAAUUAGUUGAUUAUUGCUGUUCCAUUGUAAUUGAAAUUAAUGUUUUAAAUACUUGUUAAAAUUUAGUAUUUUAUAUAACAAACGAGAUUUAACUCAAUACCUUAUAGUAAAGCAGAUUCGGACAUGUCAAAUAUUCUUAAAAUUAAUGAAUCUUAAUUUUUGUACGUGUACCCAAUAAUAAAAUCAGAUUGCUAAAGAAAAAAAA